CAAUUGAAGCAGUGAGACCGCGGCCUCAAAUCGUGUUUAUUGGAGUUUAUGAUUAGUUUGUUAAAAUGGCGGAAAGCAAGUCAAGACGCAUUGCACAAACAGAAGAUUUAUCGAAUGUUGAAUUCGAAACUAGCGAAGAUGUCGAGGUUAUCCCCACAUUCGAUAAUAUGGGUCUUCGGGACGAACUUUUACGAGGGAUAUACGCAUACGGUUUUGAGAAACCCUCAGCAAUUCAGCAGCGUUCAAUAAAGCCAAUAAUGAAAGGAAGAGAUGUCAUAGCUCAAGCGCAGUCAGGUACAGGAAAAACUGCCACAUUUUCCAUUGCUAUUUUGCAAUCUUUAGAUACACAAGUACGUGAAACGCAAGUCCUAGUAUUAUCACCUACAAGAGAACUUGCGACACAAAUUCAAAAAGUAAUUUUAGCUCUGGGAGAUUUUAUGAAUGUUCAGUGUCAUGCGUGCAUUGGUGGUACAAAUCUUGGUGAAGAUAUAAGAAAAUUAGAUUAUGGUCAACAUGUCGUUUCUGGUACACCUGGAAGAGUAUUUGAUAUGAUUAAAAGAAGGGUACUACGUACUCGUGCAAUCAAGAUGUUGGUACUCGACGAAUCUGAUGAAAUGCUUAAUAAAGGUUUCAAGGAACAAAUUUAUGAUGUGUAUCGAUAUUUGCCACCAGCGACACAAGUUGUUUUGGUAUCAGCCACAUUACCUCAUGAAAUUUUGGAAAUGACCAGUAAAUUCAUGACUGAUCCUAUCCGAAUUCUUGUUAAACGUGAUGAAUUGACAUUGGAAGGCAUAAAACAAUUUUUUGUGGCUGUCGAGCGAGAAGAGUGGAAGUUUGACACAUUAUGCGACCUAUACGAUACAUUGACUAUAACGCAAGCAGUUAUUUUCUGCAACACAAAGCGUAAAGUUGACUGGCUUACAGAAAAGAUGAGAGAAGCAAAUUUUACAGUAUGUUCCAUGCAUGGUGACAUGCCACAGAAGGAGCGAGAUAAUAUUAUGAAAGAAUUUCGUUCGGGUCAAAGCCGAGUUUUAAUUACAACAGAUGUUUGGGCAAGAGGCAUUGACGUACAACAAGUAUCGCUGGUUAUCAAUUAUGAUUUACCUAAUAACCGAGAGCUGUACAUUCAUAGGAUAGGACGAUCUGGACGAUUCGGUCGUAAAGGUGUCUCAAUCAACUUUGUGAAGACAGAUGAUAUACGAAUUCUGAGGGAUAUUGAACAAUACUAUUCUACGCAGAUUGACGAGAUGCCUAUGAAUGUUGCUGAUUUAAUAUAAAUUCUAUCUUGCACUUUUCCUUGCAAUGAAACAGUUUCAUUAUAAAAUCAACUUCCCCUGAAUAUUGACAUUACCUAUUUUAUAGAAUAAGAUUGACAUCGUGUAGAAAUCUUAAAAUUUUCUUUUAUUUUAAAUUUGGCAUAAUAAUAUGCAGUUAAGUACAAUAUUGGUUGCACAGGCGGUGCAUUUAUGGAUUUCAACUGGCAGAACAUAUUUUAUAUGUAGGUAUUAUGCAUACUCUCUUAUACUUAAACUUUUUCUUUACUUAAAUACAUGUUUUCUUUUGCUUUCAACGAUUCUUUGUUAUACUUUUUAAGAGGUGCGAAAUUUUGUAUCUCAACAUAAAUAUUAGUUCUAAAACAAUGUAUUUAUGUGAUACCAAUAAAUAGAAUAAUUUUAAGAAUUACA